AUGGCAUCAGCAGUCUUUGUUCUAGAUCUGAAAGGCAAGGUCCUCAUCUCUCGAAACUAUCGAGGAGACAUACCGAUGUCUGCAGUUGAAAAAUUUAUGCCUCUUGUACUGGAAGCUGAAGAAGAACAACAGGCACCAACACCUUGUUUUACGCACGAAGGCGUUAGUUACCUGUAUAUCCGGCAUAACAAUUUGUAUUGUAUCCUUUUUGCAGAAGCUGGUGUGGGAAUCUGGAAGCGAAAAAGAAGGAUGUUUAAUAGAUCAUCCUUUAGUUAUUUUGCAUCCUCAACAAUUAAUCUAUUGUAUUUAUUGGAACCAGUGCUCGCUUUAACCAAAAAAAAUUCAAACGCCACCACAAUUCUAUUAUUUCUUCACAAAUUAACAGAGGAGCUCGAGGAAGAAUCGAUUCGUGAUAAUUUCGUGAUUAUUUACGAGUUGUUGGAUGAGAUGAUGGAUUUCGGGUAUCCGCAGACUACCGAGACUAAGAUCUUGCAAGAAUACAUAACACAAGAAUCACACAAAUUAGAAAUUCAAGUACGCCCACCAAUGGCCGUCACGAAUGCCGUAUCGUGGCGUUCAGAAAACAUCAAAUAUCGCAAAAAUGAAGUAUUUCUCGACGUGAUAGAAUCGGUGAAUCUGCUCGUGAACGCCAAUGGGAAUGUGUUACGGAGUGAGAUUCUCGGCGUGAUAAAAAUGAAAUGUUAUCUUACCGGGAUGCCGGAAUUGCGACUCGGAUUGAAUGAUAAAGUGAUGUUUGAGAGUACAGGCCGUUCGCCGACCAGAGGUAAAGCGAUCGAGAUGGAAGACGUAAAGUUUCAUCAAUGUGUACGAUUAUCUCGGUUUGAGAAUGAUCGUACCAUUUCGUUUAUCCCCCCCGAUGGCGGAUUUGAGUUGAUGAGUUAUCGAUUGAAUACACAGGUCAAACCUUUAAUCUGGGUGGAAGCUCAAAUAGAAAACUACACCGGAUCAAGAAUUGAAUACACGAUAAAAGCAAAAGCACAAUUCAAACGACGAUCCACCGCAAAUAAUGUCGAGAUUUAUGUUCCGGUGCCUGACGAUGCUGAUACGCCGAAAUUCCGGAGUAGUAUUGGCUCAGUACACUAUGCUCCUGAAAAGUCAUCUAUCGUAUGGAAAAUCAAGCAGUUUCAAGGAGGCAAAGAUUUCUCAAUGCGGGCUCAUUUUGGGUUACCGUCAGAUCCUGAAAAGAAACCACCGAUCGGAGUAAAAUUUGAAAUUCCCUAUUUCACCACAUCAGGAAUUCAAGUGCGGUACCUAAAGAUUGUCGAGAAAAGUGGAUAUCAGGCGUUACCUUGGGUACGCUACAUUACACAGAAUGGGGAUUAUCAAUUACGUAUGCCUGAGAGUAUAAAGAACAAUAAAAUGACAUUUAUCUAA